UGCCAAGAUGAAAGUCAUUGCUUUGAUUGUUAUACUCUCAGCAGUAGUCUCAGCCCGUCCUCGCCGGUGGGAGCUGGUUCCCACGAAGGACGGCGGAGUCGAACUUUACGACUUGACCCAGCCUCUGCCGGAAGUUCGGGUCGAUACGAGUGACGUCAUCUUCCAGCUCUACACAAAAUCAAACCCAAGCAGCCCUCAAAUUUUGACAGCUGGUGGCUCUUAUACUGGAAACUUCGUUGCCUCAAAACAAACGAAAUUUGUUACCCAUGGAUGGAUGAACGAAGGGGAUCACAUGAGCGCAAUCCGUGAUGGCUGGAUACAGGCUGGAGAUUACAAUGUUAUUGUCAUAGACUGGUCAGCGGAAGCAGGAAACUGGAAUUAUGCUCAGGCAAAAGCUGCUGUAACAGGAGUUGGAGAAAUAGUGGCAACUUUCAUCAACUGGCUUGCUUCUCUUGGUGCCAGCACCAAUAACAUGCAGCUUGUAGGACACAGCCUAGGCGCUCAUGUCUGUGGUGUUGCAGGAAAUCGUGUUACUGCAGGAAGACUGAACAGAAUUACAGGCAUGGACCCAGCCGCACCACUCUUCGGCUCAGAGUCCGCCGCAGACCGUCUUGAUGCAAGCGAUGCUGGCUUUGUACAGGUGAUACAUACCAAUGGUGGAUAUCUGGGGUGGUAUGAUGCUAUGGGAACAGCUGACUUCUAUCCAAAUGGUGGACAAUUUCAGCCUGGUUGUGACUUUGAUGUUACAGGUGCCUGUAGUCAUGGCCGAUCAACUGAAUUCUUUGCUGAAUCCAUAACAACAGGAACAGGAUUUAAGGCAUAUCAAUGUGGCAGCUGGAACGACUUCAAUGCUGGAAAUUGUGCUAGCAAUCCAACAGCUCUCAUGGGAGAGAAGCUCUCAAGCAGUGCAUCUGGAACAUACUUUUUGGCUACUGCAAGCUCUUCGCCAUAUGCUCUUGGUUAGACGUGAUGUCUAUUGUUUCAUUCUUCCCAGGGUGUAAGUUGCAUCCCAGUUAACCUGGAACAGUAAUAUUCAUGUUUAUCCAAUGCAAAAAUGUCAUUAAAUAAAUAAUUUGUUGAUGGCACUCCAUAAAAUCUCUUUCAUUUUACCAGAAAAUAACAGAACUGACUAUAGAAUUUUAAUUUAACAAAGAGAUAUACACAUUUUGUGUGUCUAUUUUUAUCAUCGCUAAUGUUACUACAUAUUCUUCUCUGUCAAUAGUGUUAGUUGACUAUGGCAAAGCAGUAUUAGUGUAGUUUAUUGUGCUGGUUUGGCAGCAUCAUAAAAGGAUUAAAAUCAAUAGAUUCUGUAGAGUUCUUAAUCAACUAAAAGAAUUAACUCAAAUACCUAGAUUACAGUCAAACUUGUCAAAUCAACCAAAAGUUGUAUUAUGAUUAUCACACAAAUAUAAAGACUGCAUUGCUUUUUGACCAGCAAGAUAGAUUCUGGAUAAAAUUUUAUAUUUAAUUAGUAAGUAUAGAACUUCAGUAAUUUCUAAGAAAAGUUUGAUAUUUAUAUGUUUGUAUAUGACCAGUCACUCCUCACUCGGUCAAAUCAUGUCCAUAUUGUAACUUUGUAUGUCUGAAUGCACUUGGGAGACGUAAUCUGCGUAACCGCAAGGAUCAUUCAGAAAGUAAAGUUACAGGUCAAACUAAAA